CCCAAUCAUGUGAUUCAGGUGUUCCAAUCCCCUCCAUAUCAUGUGAUUCAGGUGUUCCAAUCCCCUCCAUAUCAUGUGAUUCAGGUGUUCCAAUCCCCUCCCCAAUCAUGUGAUUCAGGUGUUUCACAAUCCCCUCCCAUAUCAUGUGAUUCAGGUGUUCCAAUCCCCUCCAUAUCAUGUGAUUCAGGUGUUCCAAUCCCCUCCAAUCAUGUGAUUCAGGUGUUCCAAUCCCCUCCAAAUCAUGUGAUUCAGGUGUUCCAAUCCCCUCCAUACAUGUGAAUUCAGGUGUUCCAAUCCCCUCCAUACCAUGUGAUUCAGGUGUUCCAAUCCCUUCCCAAUCAUGUGAUUUCAGGUGUUCCAAUCCCCUCCCAUAUCAUGUAUUCAGGUGUUCCAAUCCCUCCAUAAUCAUGUGAUUCAGGUGUUUCCAAUUCUCCUCCAUAUCAUGUGAUUCAGGUGUUCCAAUAACCUCCAUAUCAAUGUGA